ACAUAACGAUUUUUUUAUACAAAUAACAUCGAUAUAUUUCGACUAUCAUAUAUAAUCAACAACCCUAAAAAGCAGCUGAGAACUGACACCAGUUUGUGUAGCUAUUUCUAAACAACCCAAACAAAUGGACAGGGAUCCGAAAGAAAGCGGCUCUGGAGCCGGAAACGACGACCCGGUCUGCAAAAGCGUUAGUCUCACAGCCGCCAGCAGGUUCUCCCCCAAUCGUUGGGUAAAGCUGAAUGUGGGUGGCCAGAUAUACACAACCACCAUUGAUACAUUGGUGGGCAGGGAACCCGACUCUAUGCUGGCUCGCAUGUUUUUACAAGACGGCAGCAUGAUGCCAAGCGAGCGCGACGAGCAGGGAGCAUUUCUGAUUGACCGAAGUCCUCGGUAUUUCGAGCCAAUCAUAAACUAUCUGCGCCACGGCCAGUUCGUUUGCGAUUCAAACAUCAGUGUUCUAGGCGUCCUCGAAGAAGCCCGAUUUUUUGGCAUCUUCUCGCUAGUCACGCACUUGGAGGAGCGUCUGGGCCAGCAGGAGGCGCCUCUGGACGACAGACCACUGACGCGCAACGACGUUAUCAAGGCUAUCAUUCAGACCUCGGUAAUUACGGAGCUGCGUUUCCAGGGCGUGAAUCUUUCUGGGGCUGAUUUGCGAAAGCUGGACUUCCGCAACAUUAACUUCAAGUACGCGAACAUGUCGCAUUGCAAUUUGUCUCAUACCAACCUUAACUAUUGCUGCCUGGAACGAGCUGAUCUUCAAUUCGCAAAUUUAGAGUGUGCCCAGCUGGUUUCAGUACGAGGACUUUGCGCUAACAUGGAAGGUGCAAAUUUGCGAGGCUGUAAUUUUGAGGAUCCAACGGGGGUCCGCACCAAUUUGGAGGGCGUCAAUCUCAAAGGAGCGUGCCUGGAAAGCAGCAAUAUGGCAGGUGUGAACUUACGUGUGGCAAAUUUGAAGAACGCAAAUAUGAAGAACUGUAAUUUGCGGGCCGCAGUUCUAGCCGGAGCAGAUUUGGAGAAAUGCAAUCUUUCAGGGAGCGACUUGCAGGAAGCAAAUUUGCGUGGGGCUAAUUUAAAGGACGCAGAGUUAACUCUAAUAAUAAAUGCACUGCACAUGUCGCAAGCCAUACGAUGAUUGAACCGUUUUGUUACAUUGGGAGCACUAUCUUAUGCAAAAAAAAUGUAUCAUCUUGGCUCCAAAUAAUUAAAAAUAAUUAGUAUAAGGUGAACUGUUGUAAAUACUUUAAAUAUCAGCAAUAAUUUUAAAAA